AUCCUGAGCUUCCAAGUUUCUUCUCACACAUACAUCAUCUUUGUAAAUAAGAAACAACCUCAAAGAAAAGAAAAUCGAACCUUGAAAAUAAAGUAAUAAUUAAUAAAAACAAAUCAAAUGCACCCUUAUUCUAAUCAACGCAAUAAUGGAUCAAAAAGCAGCAUCACCCCUUGGUUGAUCCUAACCACCAUCUUACUCUACAUUCUAUAUUCUUCCAACCUUCUCCUAUUCAACAACAAUGACCAACAGGAUUGCCCUCCCAUCACCACCACCAGACUCGACGACACUGCAGAACAACAAAUCCUCCAAAUUAGUACCGACAACAACACAUCCAUGACCACAUCAACCGAAGAAGAAGCAGCAGCAAGCAAUGACAAUGAGAAUAAAGAAACAACAACACAACAAAAAGCUUCGAAUGACGAUAAAACAGAAGAUGAAGAAGACGAAGAAGAAGCGAUUACAUCGUCCGAAGAAGAAGAAGAAGUGGAAAAUAACUACCCCGUGGUGGUUCGGUUAACCCCAGAACAAACGGCACAAACAACCGAAACAGAAUUAAAACACAUUGUUUUCGGGAUCGCCGCAUCAUCAAACUUGUGGGAACAAAGAAAAGAAUACAUCAAGGUAUGGUGGAGACCAAAAGAAACCAGAGGCGUUGUUUGGUUGGAUCAGAAAGUAACAACAACAAAAGACGAAGGGUUACCAGAGAUUAGAAUAUCGUCGGACACGUCGAAUUUCAAGUACACGAACAACCAGGGACAGAGAUCUGCGUUGAGGAUAUCGAGGGUGGUUACGGAGACACUGAAGCUUGGGAUGAAGGACGUGAGGUGGUUCGUGAUGGGUGACGAUGACACGGUUUUCAUAGUUGACAACGUUGUUAGGAUGCUUCAGAAGUAUGAUCAUCGACACUUCUAUUACGUUGGCAGCACUUCCGAGAGCCAUAUUCAGAACAUGCAUUUCUCAUAUGCCAUGGCUUACGGCGGUGGUGGCUUUGCUAUAAGCUACCCUUUGGCGGUGGAGCUCGCUAAGAUUCAAGAUCGUUGCAUUCAACGCUACCCUGCUUUGUAUGGAAGCGAUGAUAGGAUUCAUGCUUGCAUGGCUGAGCUUGGUGUCCCUCUCACUAAGGAAUUUGGCUUCCACCAGUAUGAUGUGUAUGGAAACCUAUUAGGUCUAUUAGGGGCUCACCCAGUGGCGCCACUAAUUUCAAUUCACCACCUUGAUGUGGUGGAACCAAUAUUCCCAAGGAUGAGCAGAGCAGAAGCAAUGAGACACCUAAUGGAAUCUGUGCGUGAGGAUUCAGCCAGCAUAAUGCAACAAUCAAUCUGCUAUGACAAGACCAGAUAUUGGUCAAUCUCAGUUUCUUGGGGCUAUGUGGUUCAGAUAAUAAGGGGAAUGUUGCCACCUAGAGAGCUUGAAAUGCCUUCAAGAACCUUUCUAAAUUGGUAUAAGAGAGCUGACUACACUGCAUAUGCAUUCAACACAAGGCCUGUUUUCAAACAUCCAUGUCAAAAGCCAUUUGUUUACUAUAUGUCUAGAACUUACUUUGAUUCAUCAAGGAAACGAGUUAUUGGUGUUUAUAAUCUUGAUACCGCUGCUAAACCUCCUUACUGCCGAUGGAGAAUGCCUUCCCCAGAAAUAAUCACUUCCAUUGUAGUUACAAAAUCUCCUGAUCCUCUAAGAUGGAAAAAGUCACCAAGGAAAGAUUGUUGUAAAGUUCUACCAUCGCGUAAUCCCUCAACUCUGUACAUAUGGGUGGCAAAUUGCCGGGAAGGUGAAGUUAUUGAGAUGCAGUAGAAUGUGACAGGGUACAUAUAUUGUUCCAAUCAUAUGUUUUUACCAUUUUUGAUCCUAAAUAUGUUUCAAGAUACACAAGGAAUGAUGAAUAAAUUAAACGAGUCCUCCUAAAGGUGGAAAUUGAGCUUCCAAUGAUAUUACCAAUUUGAGAUGCUUCUUUUUUGUUCUUUUCAUCUUUUUGGUCUAUGUAAACUAUCCAAGGAUACAUCAGUUGUGUAGUUUGUCUUGAAAUGUAUUGUAGUUUGUCUUCAAGUGAAUAUUAGAGUUUUCUUCCUCAAAGUGAUCAAGGACACUGAAUAUUACAGUUUUCACUUGCCAUCAAUCCAUAGUUCAU